AUGCCUGUUAUUGAAAUACAACACGUAGUAUCCUGCAGCAGUGCUGAUAAGAACAAUCCUGCUGAAAAUCUUCUCAAAGCAGAUGGUGCCCGCAAAUGGAAAUGUGCCAGUCCGGGAGAGAAGAGCAUUUCUUGUGUUUUACAGUUCUCCAAAUCAUCACAGAUCCAUUCCAUUGACAUCGGCAAUGAAGGUUCUGCAUUUGUGGAGGUACUUGUGGGCAAAGCCACUGCAGCGUCUGAUCAAGACUUUGAGGUUUUGUUGGUAGCAUCAGCAUUCAUGAGUCCACUGGAGAGCCGCAAUGGCACCAACAAAAACGCAGUCCGAAUGUUUGGUCCGGAGAAACUGAACACUGUAACUGCCAGCCAGAAGUGGGAUCGCGUCAAAAUUGUGUGCACUCAGCCUUUCUCAAAGUUAUUCCAGUAUGGGCUUUCAUUCAUCAAGUUCCAUUCUCCACCAGAAACAGAUAACGGAGAGACACAAGUGAAGAAGUUUGGAGCAUUUGCAGUGAAAGAUGAUGAAGAUGAUGCUGCUGAUGACAUCAGAGUUGGCAGCAUGUUUGCAAACAGAUUACACAAAGAUGUCAGCCCAGCACCAAAACCGACAG